AUGUUUGGUGACGAUAUCGCUUUUGACGAUCUAGAAGACAUUUCAGCACUUGCAACACCUUUUCCCGAAAUCAAAGUUGAAAACAAUAAUGAUUUAUUACAGAAAGAGUUAAGCAACUUACCAAGCCCAGCUCGAAAUAGUACAUCGAUACCGAAGGAAAAGAGAAGCAGAUUUAUUCGAUAUAUGGUUGCAUCUGUUGCAGAAGGAGUAUAUCAAGAAAACGAUGACCAACAUUAUGAAAAGAAUGUAUUUUUGAUACAGGAAGAUAAAAAACAAACGACAAUGGCCAGACUUCGAGGAGACUGGACACAUACCGUCAUUUGCGUGGGUGAUGUAGUACACAUACCAUUUAUAUCCCAUACGCCAGAGGUUAUUAUUGACAAUGCAAAGCAUUUCAUUGUGGUGCAUCCAGAUCGUCUAAUUUCAUGCACAGCUGUAGCUGACAGCUUUGUCUGCACACGUAAAUCGGUAUUACAAGUCAAAGUGCGUGGUAUCAGUGAAUAUACUGAAGCAUUAGUGCAUGGAAAUAUCAUUCAUCGUGUCAUACAAAAUGCUUUGAAUGUAGGGGAUUUUAAAGUUGAAAGCAUCAAGUUGGAAAUGGAACGUGUCGUCAUGGACAGCCUAAAGGAUUUAUAUGCUAUGGAUCAAGACGAAAAAACUGCCCUGUUGAUUUUGAAUGAAUAUGCAGACGGUAUCAGUAAAUUUGGGUCGACAUAUGUCUCUAAUAAACCACAACCUGCAGCACGUGUAAAUACUGAUAUGGGUGUGGAUCCUUCUCUCAUGAUGGGAUUCGAAACGAUCUCAAUUUCAAAGGUUCUGGAUAUCGAAGAACACUUGUGGAGCCCAACAUUUGGCAUCAAGGGAAUGGUCGAUGCUUCAGUGGAAAUGACUAUGAGUAAGAAUGACAGGGUUAUCGUCGUUCCAUUCGAAUUGAAAACAGGAAAAACUAACAAGUUCUUGACAAAUCGUGCUCAAACUUUACUUUACACUUUACUUAUGGCCGAUCGAUAUGAUGUGGAUGUUGAUGCUGGUUUGCUUUAUUAUUCGAAAACAAACAGUAUUUAUGUUAUCCCUUCCUCACACAAUGACUUAAGGUCGCUCAUUAUAUCCAGAAACUCUCUUGCAGUGGCCUUCAAUAAUAUCAAAGUAAUCCCGCCCAUGAUAAAGAAUAGUCAUACCUGUCAAUACUGCUUCGUCAACGAUGCUUGUACGAUCUUUCAUAAAGCUGUAGAACGAGGAACAGGGUCAACCAGCGGCUUAUUCAAAUUGUUCGAUAAAAAGACAAGCCAUAUGACAGAUGCGACCUGUAAGUUUGUUGAACAUUGGUGGAAUUUGCUGGAUAAGGAAGAGGUUGAUAUUGAUUACAUCCGAAAGGAUAUCUGGAGUCAACCUGCCGAUAUUCGAGAGCAACUAGGUAGAUGUCUAGGCGAUAUGUCCAUCAGUUUACCAGGAUCUCAGAUCGAUCCGGACAUGAAUCGAUGGCAGUAUAGCUUUAUCCGGCACCACUCCAACCCCAAUAAACAAUUAUUGUGCAAUUUUUCGACAGGGGAUCCUAUAGUGAUUUCCAGCAUGGAAGGGCAUACAAAUUUAGCCAUGGGAUUUGUAGCACGUAUCUCUAGUGAGGAAAUCACAAUAGAUCUGACCGAGCCGUUACGAGACCCUCCUCACAAAACUGAUGGAUUCCAUUCGACCAAUCGUCAACACUUUAACAGUUUUGUUCAAUCAUUGUCUAAUCCUAGUGGGUUCUACUCGACAGAAAUGAAAUACCGUAUCGAUAAAGACGAGAUGACCAUUGGUAUGGGUAUGCUUCGAAACAACCUGAUUCAAUUGGCCUCAUUGGAUAAGGAAGGUGAAUCCAAAAAAGCACGUCUUAGGAGAUUAAUUAUCGAUUUAGCGAAGCCUGAAUUCAAUUCCGACGCUGUUUCUUUGCCGUCUACACCAUACAUGAACCCGAAUCAAAGGACCGCCCUGAAACAUGUACUACAAGCUGAAGAUUAUACUCUGAUCCUGGGUAUGCCUGGUACAGGUAAAACAACCACCACUGCCGAAAUAAUUAGGCAAUUGGUCUCAAUGGGCAAGUCUGUUUUGGUCGCAGCUUAUACCCACACAGCUUUGGAUAAUGUACUACAGAAAGUACGUGACAGUGGUGUGGAUAUUUUAAGAUUGGGAAAUGCACAAAAGACCUUUGUGUUAGUGGGAGAUCUAUAUCAAUUACCGCCAAUUGUUAGGAAUCAGGAAGCGUGCGAUGGCGGUUUGGAUAAAUCAUUAUUUUCUAUUUUGGCCGAAGCAAGACCUGAAUCUAUGUGUUAUCUCGAGUUCCAGUAUCGUAUGAACAGUGAUAUCAUGUAUAUAUCGAAUUAUUUCGUAUAUGGAGGAAAACUGAAAUGUGGUAACAAUGAAACAGCACGUAGACGACUUGUACUACCGCAAUUCGAAGCAGGGUUGGAAGCGAUACACAAAAGUCAAACCCAAAGUUGUAAAGGAAUGUCUGACUGCUGGUUAAGGACUGUUUUGGACCCAGAGUAA